AUGCGAGUAGCUGGAAAAGGAACUGCAGCGAAAUCUUUCUUUGGCUCUGCUGCUGCUGCAGAAGCAACUCAUGCUGCAGCAGCAGCAUCAGCACCAGGAGCAGAAGGAGCCCCAGCAGCAGCAGCAGCAACAACUACAACAGCAGCAACUGCACCAGCAGCAGGAGCAGCAGGAGCAGCAGCAGCCACAGACGCAGCAGCACCAGGAGCAGCACCAACAGCAGCAGCAGGAGCAGCAGCAACAACAGCAGCAACAGCAGCAGCAACAGCAGCAGCAACAGCAGCAGCACCAGGAGCAGCAGCAACAGCAGCAGCAACAGCAGCCGCAACAGCAGCAGCAUGUGGUGGUGUUUGUUUGGAGAGGUAUGCGGGUGUUGCUGCUGAAGAAGGCCCUUUUGCUGCUUCCUUCUUUAAAUGCGGUGUAUUGCAAGACAGCGACAAACAGCUGCUGCACCUGCAGCAAAUAUUGAGAGCAAUCCAUCACCUCUACUUUAAAAUUGUCAGGCGUCUUUUAAGAGCAAACAAACAAAGACUUUCUCAAUACUGCAGCAGCAGCAGCAGCAGCAGCAGCAGCAGGAAUAGCGAUGGCAGCAGAAGGAGUAACGGACGCAGAAGCAGCAGCAGUUGCAGCAGCAGCUGCAGCAGCAGCAGCAGCAGUUGCAGCAGCAGCGGGGAGGAAGCAACAGAUGAUGACACUGCUGCUGCUGCUGUGGGGAGAGGGCGUCACAGGCGUGCUUCGUCUGCAGCAGCAGCAGGAGAGCCAACUGCAGCAGCAGCAGCAGCAGCAGCAGCAACGCCGAGGCGGCGAGUGCGCAGCAGCAUGCUCUUGAAAGAAGAAGCAAACAGCCCCACAGCAAUCGCCCUGCUGCAGCAGCUGCCCGAUGUUGCUCUGGUUAUUGAAGCCCUACGACAGCAAACACUUAGAGGGGUUGUCAUAGGCUUUACAGGGCUGCAAGGCAAACAUAUUUGCAAUGUACUGUCUACAGACUUAAGCCGUCUUGUUCUUCAGGCUGGCGGUCGUCUUCUCGAUGUUUUUUCUUCAAAUUGCACGCAUCUUCUUUGUACAAAGGUCACCGACAAGUACGUUCAGGCAGGGAAGCUGGGUAUCCCCAGAGUGCAUAUAACUUGGCUGCUGAAGGCUCUUUAUACGUGGAGGUGA